AUGUCCUUGGCUGUAGCUGUAAUCCUGUGUGUACUGCUGCCACUUUUCCAUGCUGGCUGCUGGUUUAAACCAGCAGAACCAGGCAUAAGGCAGUGUCUUUACGACAAGGAUGGGACGUGGCAUGAUAUUGGGUCCCGCUGGAGGACCAGUGAUUGCAUGAACUGCUAUUGUCAAACCAACGGGGACAUGUCAUGCUGCCAGGCGUGAGUACCGUACACAGCUUUUAUUCUAGCACCCACUAAAUGUCUGGUCCAUAUAACCCUCAGCCUUCCCAUCCUGUACCUACCACACUGGUCCAUAUAACCCUCAGCCUUCCCAGUCUGUACCUACCACACUGGUCCAUAUAACCCUCAGCCUUCCCAGUCUGUACCUACCACACUGGUCCAUAUAACCCUCAGCCUUCCCAGUCUGUACCACCACACUGGUCC